AUGAGUACGGAAAAGGACGCAGAAGUCGCCUUGAAGGAAGAGGUCAAGGGAGAGCUUACGGAAGCUGCUCAGGCUGAUGUCAAGGAUGAGUUGAAGGAGGACAAGUCUGAGGACAUCAAGAAUAUCAAGGCCGAGAAUGUUGCUGCUCCCGCCUCGGCUGACACUCACAUGCCUGAUGUCCCAGCCGCUGACCCUCCGGUGCUUGUUCCCUCAUCAGUCGCUCCUGCUUCGGUGGAAGGGCCAGCCAAGGCGGUUUCCCAGGAAGUUUCUCCGGGUGCAGUUGUUCAAGAAAUACCUACGACAGCUGCACACGACUCCGCCUUUCCGGAAGCCUCUCACAAAGAGAGUACGGCACCAGCCACCACUGCCGAAGAGAUCGCGUCCAAAAAGUCCAUAUCUGAAGAGACCGCCCCUCCAGACGCCACUAUCAAGGAAUCUCUUCCUGAUAAGGAUACUAAGAAAGAAGAAACUGCCGGAGAGGAUGCUCCUCAACAAGCUGCCGCUGUUCUCAGUGCCGUAGCAGUGGUGACUGCGGCAGCUGCUACAGAGGCCGUUGUGGAAAAGGCUGAGACUCUUCCGGCUCCUACAGCUGAAACGGCCAAGCCCGUUGACGAUUUUGAGGAUGUCCCAGACCCCGACGAGGAUGAUCUGGACGACCUCGAUGAUAUGCUGGACGAGUUCUCUACCGUCAAGAUUGAUCAGCCCAAGCCUGCCGAAACUGCGGCUUCCAGUAAACCGGAAGUUCCAAAAAACCCAGCACCUUCUGGCAAGCAGCCCGAAGUUGAGGAUGCCUUUUCAGAAGAAGAGUUUGCAAAGCAAUUACAAGCUGGUAUGGCUGAUCUUCUAGGCGAACUUGGGCAGUCUCCCGACAUGCAAGCUCAGUUCGAAGAUAUCUUUAAGCACAUCGCUGCGGCAGAAGGGGCUGGCGAUGUGCCACCUCCAAGCUCGUCAAAAGAGCCAGCGUCCCAAGCACCGCCCGAAGAUGCUUCCUUCCAAGAUAAAAUCAAGCGGACGAUGGAAAGAAUGCAAGCGUCGGGGGAUCAAGCUACAGCCGCCGCUGCCUCAGGGUCCGCCGAUGACUUCAUGUCUGAGAUGCUCAAGCAGCUGUCCUCGGGUGAUCUUGGCGAUCUAGGAGGCGAGGGCAGUGAAGAGGAAUUUUCCAAAAUGCUCAUGGGCAUGAUGGAGCAACUCACCAAUAAGGAAAUUCUUUAUGAGCCGAUGAAGGAGCUUGAUGAAAAGUUCCCAGAGUGGCUGAUUAAAAACCGUGACUCUACACCCAAGGACGAUUUGAAGCGUUACGAAGAACAACAGUCCAUUGUGCGUGAGAUUGUGGCCAAGUUCGAAGAAAAGACUUACUCGGAUUCUAAUGCGAGAGAUCGCGAGUUUAUCGUGGACAAGAUGCAGAAGAUGCAAGCAGCAGGAUCGCCACCCUCUGAUCUAGUUGGCGACAUGCAAUCAGCUCAAGACGCUCUCAACCCAGGAGAUGAAACCUGCAACCCUCAGUAG